GGACGGACGACCUGCCUGAGCCUCUCUCUCUCUCUCUCUCUCUCUCUCUCUCUCUCUCUCUCUUCAAUAUAUGUUUAGGUUUGGAGUUUGUGGGGUUUGGAUAGAUAGAUGAUAUAUGAGAGAGCUGUAUAGAAAAGCUUCAUGGGGAACUGUCAGGCCAUUGAUGCUGCGGCUCUGGUGAUACAGCACCCGAGCGGGAAGAUAGAGAGGCUGUACUGGACUAUUAGCGCCAGCGAGGUCAUGAGGUUGAACCCUGGUCAUUAUGUUUCUUUGAUCAUCCCAUUGACGGCUACAGAAUCAGGUUCUGAUCAUCAUCACCAGGAGGAGGAGAUGCAGGAGCAGAAGGGUGGUGGUGGCGGUGGUGGUGGUACUGUUCGUUUCACAAGGGUGAAGCUUCUUCGGCCUAAUGAGAUUCUUGCUCUUGGCCAUGCCUAUCGUUUGGUCACUACACAAGAGGUAAUGGAGGUUUUGAGAGCGAAGAAGUAUGCGAAGACGAAGAAGCUGCAGGUGGAAUCACUGCUUGAGAGAACCUCACGGACGGCAGUAUCGGAGAAACAGAAUUCGAGUUGUGAUGAGACAGAGAACAAGGAAAAUAUCAGCCAUGCUACAAAUCAUGAAAGGCGUCCGCCGAGGACGGCAUCGGGGAAUGCUGCUGGUGCUGUAAUGAGGUCGAAAUCUUGGCGGCCUUCAUUGCAGAGCAUCUCUGAAGCUGGCAGCUGAAGAUCAAAGAGAUGCCAAGCACAUAUAUGGAAAAUGCAUAGUAGCUGAUAAUUAGAGUACUCCUGGAGUGUGGAAAUAUUAAAAUCACCCAAAGUUCAUGGACUUGGGUACCAAAGCUUUCUGAUCCAAUGUCAACCACAAACCAUAAACUAUUCAACCCAUGUUCCAAAGUAAUAAGAACAUCUGUAUAGAGCAACACACAAAUCACUGAAUCCGACAUUGUAUUAGAACUGAAGUUUUUGUGAUAGACAUGAGUGUUCUUCACCA